GGGGGAGGGGGGAGGCCUGGCGGCCGCGGGGAGACGGCGGCUGAGGCGGCGCCGAGCGCGGAGCGGAGCCGGAGCCGUAGCUCUUCUGCCCACUUGUAAGUGUGACUGGUAUGGGUAAUGGUGUGAGAGAAGGUCCAGUGGAUUUCAAAGGGCAGGAUGUGGAGCCGGUUACGUCAACCCACCUCCCGUCAGAGGAUAACCAGGAGCAGAAGAAAGUCCUCAACUCCCUGAUGUCUGGUGCGUUGGCUGGUGCUGUUGCUAAAACUGCAGUAGCUCCGCUGGACAGGACAAAAAUCAUGUUUCAAGUGUCUUCAAAAAGAUUUUCUGCCAAGGAAGCCUACAGGCUGAUUUAUCGCACCUACCUCAACGAAGGCUUCUGGAGUCUCUGGAGGGGCAACUCGGCCACCAUGGUCCGCGUCAUCCCUUACGCCGCCAUCCAGUUCUGCGCCCACGAGGAGUACAAGCAGCUCCUGGGGAGUUACUACGGCUUCCAGGGAAAAGCGCUGACACCCUUUCCUCGAUUCAUUGCUGGCUCUCUGGCAGGCACAACGGCUGCCAUGUUAACCUACCCCUUGGAUAUGGUCCGUGCCCGAAUGGCUGUCACGCCGAAGGAGAUGUACAGCAAUAUUGUUCAUGUCUUCAUCCGAAUAUCCCGCGAGGAAGGCCUGAAGACUUUGUACAGGGGGUUUACACCCACCAUCCUUGGAGUGAUUCCGUAUGCUGGGCUUAGCUUCUUCACCUACGAGACGCUGAAGAAACUGCAUGCAGAUCACAGUGGGAAAUCCCAGCCAUCCCCUCCGGAGAGGCUUUUGUUUGGUGCCUGCGCUGGUUUGAUCGGGCAGUCGGCCUCUUACCCCCUGGAUGUGGUUCGCCGACGGAUGCAGACGGCGGGGGUUAUGGGACACACGUACAGUUCCAUCCUUCUCACCAUGCAAGAGAUUAUAAGAGAAGAGGGACUAAUCCGGGGCUUGUACAAAGGACUCAGCAUGAACUGGGUCAAAGGUCCCAUUGCAGUGGGAAUAAGCUUCACCACCUUUGACCUGACGCAGAUCCUUCUCCGUAAAUUACAGCACAGCACUAAUGUUGAAAGGUAGUAGCUUAAUCCCCGCGGCCCUCGCUUGGGGAAAAGUCCAACACGUGUAGAAAAGAGCAAUGCUAACGUUCCCUCACUUUGUCCCUGCUCUCCUGCAGCCCAGAACUUACCUUUCUUGUUUGUGGGUUGUUUGUUUUAUUUUUUUUUUUCCUGUUGUUGGUGGAUUAUUUUUUUUUUUGUUUUACUUUUUAAUGAGCCUCUGAAUUAUUUGGAAACCUCGACCUGAAACUAACCCUCUCCUAAAGAAAAUUCUCCCCACAGUUCUGCAGAACUGAGUCCUCCCAAGUCGCUGCCUCACCCUUUUGGGUUACUCUUUGAUACCAGGAGCGGAGCCUCUCAAACAAAAACGUGCUGCUGCUGCUUCUGGCUCCUCUCCUGGGCUCCUGUGGGCAGAUGAGGAUGAGGUGGAUGAGGAAGGAGAGGCCUCGGUGCUGUUGGAAUGAACCCCUUGGAAUUUGGGAAGCGACUGCUGCUCCUGGUGGGCAGUUCUGAGUUCCUGACCCCGUGGGAGCUGGAGGCAGUCUGCCGAGUGCAAUAUUCCAGUUAGUCUGGAGGGAAUUCCAGAUUCCUCUGACCUGGGAGCAUCAGUCUCCAGGAAACAGGACACUGCAGGGUUUAACAGGUCCGGGCCACUUCUUUUGGUCUGGAAGUUGAAUGUGAAUUGGGAGUUGAGUUGUCCUUGGAAAUGCUGCCCUUUUUCAAAUCUUCUUCUCAUUUUUUUUUUCAGGGUUGAGUUGCAUAAAAUACCCCUUGCUCCGUGUCCCUCUGAGAUUUACCAAAGACUGUAGACAGCAGGGGAGGAGAGUUCCGAGUGGUUUUGUAAAUCAAAUUCUCCUGUUUGUUGUCGGUGGUGUUGAGCUGGGGCUGUGCCUGGGUUCACAAACUGGAUCUAGUCGAGCUGCAGUAGCCCUUUUGGGCCACCCAAACCCUUCCGUUGUUGUCCUCACGCUCUCAAAGGCAGUGUUUUCUGAGGGCUUUGGGCAGGCUGUGGUGUAGAAUCACUAGAAAAGGAAGUGUUACAUACUUAAAACUUAAGCAGUUUUGUCCUUCAGUAUUAUUGUUGCCGCUUAAGAACAAAUGUCUCUGAGAUACCCCUGGGAUUUCCCUGAUGAACAUGGCCAGGACUGGAGCUGCUGGCCCUGCUUCCAAACAACCUCUCUGUCUUUUGGUGCCUGCUGUGUAGGUUGUGUCACCUCCAUUCAUGACUCCCCAUCUCAACCCACUCCCUUUUAUUCCUGGAAUUCUUCUGGACCAGCUGGGUCCUUGGGAGAAUGGGCUCCACAGCCAGUAGUUGACCCUUCAGAAAUUAUAUCUAGUGCCAAGCAUUUCCAGUUGCAGUUUGAAAAUGAACGGGGCUUUUGGAGCUUCUAUUUCAAAUCCACCUGCAGGGAAAUGGAGAUCUGGGGGGUUGGUUUUGUUUUAUGUUCCGUUCCUGUAUUAAAUUUGGAGCGCGAGAGAGGUCAGAGCAAACUUGAGACUUCUCCGAGAAUCAGAUUACAUAAACCAAGAUUAAAAAUCCCUUUCCAGCUGAUACAGUCUGCAGUGGGUACAGUCUGCAGUGGGUACAAGAAAAAUAAGGCGUAUAAAGCUGCCCUUCUCUGGUGUAUUUUAGCUGUUGUAGUUUGAGCCUUGUGUCGCGGCUUCGUUAAUGGGAACGGAGGUGAUUGCACAAUUGGUAGAAAUAGCUUUCUCCUUUCUUCUGUCUUUGCACUUGUUCUUUGGAGCAUAACCUGCUUCUAAUGCCAAAUAUUUCCCUAGGAACUGAGCACCCACACUUCCAUGGGGUGGAGGUGGAAAAGUAUUAGCCUGGAACACCUGGGAUCCAUCAGACUGUAAUGGUUGUGGAUGGGCGGGGAAUUAACCUCGGUGAUUUCUGCCUCCGAGCCCACAAAUCAUGAUUUCCAUUGCGAAACUUGACUGCAGGCACUGAUUGACCUUGUAAUUAAGGACACGUUAGGUGUGGUGGUGUUUUAAGAGCCUUUAGAGAUGAUAGCCAUGAAUUCCGCGUGGUUUUUGCUCCCGUUGCUAAUGGAGGAGGAUCGGCUGUUGGCUUGGGUUGGGUGGAAUUUUGUUUAGUCCUUUGCAAGAGCUCUUGAUUUCUUUUCUCCAAUGGAGAAGCCCAUUACUUCUGCUCUUGCCUUUAUCUUGCCUGGCCCAGUGAGGAAAUACUAAGGUAGUUGCACCCUCCCACAGGAGUCAGGAGAUGUCUGGGUGUAGGUGCGUGUCCGUGUGUCUGUACAAUCAAUCCGUGCCACCACCUCUCUCUGCUUGGAGGCUGCUGGGUUCAAAACGUGGUCCUUUCUGCACAGCCCAUGGGUUCUGCAUGAAGAAGGAGAGGAAGCUGAGGCAUCCAAGGCAGAGUGGGCUCCUUUGCUCUGCCGCAUGGUGGGACCUUGUCUUAGGAGAUGCAGAGCAUCGCUGAACCCUCGCGGCAUCAGAGGUGGCUUCGUUCCUCCUGGGUCCUGGGCUGAGAAAGGAUUUACACUGGAUGAGUAGGCUCUUGUUUGGGACUGAAUGGGAGGGCAGAGCACCUUCUGCCUCAUCAGGAGUGUCGUUGGUGUGUUAAACUGAGGGGAAAGCCUGUGGAGGAGGGGGCUUCUGGUGGCAUCACCCACCUGGCAGCUCAUCUGGAGCCUGGGGACCCUGUGCUGAGAAACGAGACCUGAAGCACAGCCAGACCUGGAAGCCUUGGGCUUGGGGAAGUUGGUCCUUAAUUAGCAGCUGCACCUGAUUUGAAUUCAAUGGUAUUUUAGCCAAACAUGUGGGGUUUCUUUCCAAGUUUUGCAGGCUGAGUGUUUGUUCAGAGACAGAUCUUUGAAUUCAGCCUGUAAUGGUUUUUGGUGCUUUUGUUUCCUGGGCAGAAGUGUUCAGAGUAACUGUGUGUUGCUGCUUUGGGUUGGUUUAAAUAGCGCUUUUUCUUUUUUUGUUUUUUUUUCCUCCCCUUCCUUCUCUGAUUUGAAUGUAGAAAAGGAGAAACAGAAUGUUCUCUUCCCUUCUCUUAAUCCUUGCAUGAAUUGAGGCGCGUUCCAGGUCUCUCUGCUGCCUGGAAUGAGUGCCCGAGGAGUUUUGGGCAUGCGGAUUUGGGAAGGGGGGGUGCCCAUGUGCUGGCCAAGGAGGACCGUUGCCUUUAGCUCUGAGAAGGGAGCUGAGUCUAACAGGAAUAUUCUCUACUCCUUCUUUUCUUUAGAACUUAUUUCCUACCCCAAAUUCCCCCAUUUUUCAUUUUCCUCUUCUCCAAUUCCUUGCUUUUAUUUUUCAAGUCGUGUUUCUCACUGUUCCUUGAUACGUUGCCUCCAAACAUUAAUUUGUGCUUUUUUUUUUCUUUCUUCUUGUCUGCUCCCUCCCCACUCCUGCACCUUUAGUCCCGCACUAGCACUUGGAGAAAAUCAGGUCCAAUGAAACGCAUCCAAAAAUGAUAACAAUGAUUAAAAUUGCAGCUUCGGUAGUGAUGCCCAAACAUCCCAAAUAGGCUUCCCACUCGCCAGCAGGGAUGCUUAUAUGGGGGGGCAAGAAGUUAAAGGCACCAGGUGAUGGGGCAAAAGGUUCUUUUUUUCUUUUGAAAGGUUCUUGAACCCCUUGUCCAGCCCAGAGCCUUUGCUUCUCCUGGCACUUUUCCUUCACAGGCUGUGAAAUGCUGCUGCUUUUUGUCCUUUCCUCUUUUGGUACCUCCAGGUGAUGCCCGCUCGCUCGGGGGGAGCUCAUCCUUCUUGGGGUGGGGGGGUCCCAGGGUUGGUUGGGGAACUUGACUAUGUGAGAGGUGGGACCUGAGGUGGCUUCUUGCAGACCCCCUUGCCCUGCAUGCCCCGUGCAGACCUUCUGCCUGUUCCUUGGGGAGGCAGAGCCGCCCGAGAGCCGGUUGGUGGUUGGCAGGACCAUGGUGGAAGGGUCAGGAGGGGAGUCACAGCCUUCUGGGGUCACCCAAAGCCAUGGGGUGGGUCGUGUGGUGCAGCUUUGGUACUCCAUGGAAGCUCUCUGAAAGCAGUUUCAUGGCUUCUGUGGAAAAAAUAGCGGUACUUUGGUUAACUUCUCCCCGCCUUCCGCGUAGGAGGACUCGAGCACUGUCAUCUUCACCCUUCUGGUGUCUUUCUAACACCAACAGCAGGUGAGGCGUGGAAGGAAACUUUGAGCAGAAGGGUUGUGGCAAACCCGAGUGAGUCUGGAGCCCAUCCCGGGCAGGCAGGAGGAGGAGGAGACGCGGUGGGAUGCAUCCCAUGGUGUUCCCCCAGUGCCUGACUUGGGUCCCUGGGCUCUAAAAGAGCCAGGGCACAGGUUCUGCACCCUCCCGACCUGGACUGGGCUGGAGGAGGAGGUGGCCUUCCUACAAAACAGCCUUUUUUUUGUUGUUUUUUGAUAUUGUAGGGGCUGAUUCCUCCCGCUACCCCCCCCUGUCUGCCCCCUAAACGCCGUGUGACGCAGGGUUUCCCCCCCGGCCCCGCUCACUGCCUGUGUGGUCUAUGCAUUUAUUAGCACAAACACUGUUAAAUGCCUUUUUGUCCAGACGUGUCCUCACCAUCCACGUGUGCGUGUCCGUCCGUGUGUCAUUUUUGGACCGCUUUUUCUUGGAUCUGGAGUUCUAUUUUAUUGCAGUGAAGACACUUUGUUAUAUAAUGUUUAUAUAUUUUAAGAUUUGUGCCAAGAGAGGAUGUAUAUUUAAUAAAAAACCUAUUAAUUGAC